CAAGUGGUUAUUUUCAAUAUAUUGGUGGUUUAAAGAUGGUACAUGAUAUUGCAAGGUCAGAGGCACCCAGCAUGUUAAAGGAAGUUGCCCUGUAUACCAUGGAACUGCUAGCCAAAUCUAAUGUCCUCUGUGAGCAAAGUCUCCGUACUCAUAAAUUGUUUGACGAAAUGAUGUUGUUCAUAGUUGAUGAGAAGUCCAGCAUGCGUUUGCAAACAAGAUCUGUCUCUCUUCUAUUGGCCCUGGUUUCAAAGAACAGUGUUGGACAAAUGCUUUUGAGAGAAACAGGCUGUCUUUCCAUUCUACAGAAGUUUUUCAGAGAAACUCUCACAAAGUCUGAAAUUGAUUCCUCAAACGAAAGCUUUGAGGAGAAAUAUCUCCUGUGGUAUCGAGUGUGCAAAACUCUGGGUGCAGCUGUAAAUAAUCCUCAAAAUGAGGAAAAUCAGAAAAUUUGCUGUUCCACAUUGUCACAUGUACAGACCUUGUUGGAAGGCUGCGUGAAGCCUGAGAUAAUUCAUCCUCUUUGCCUGUUUAUUGGACUCUCGGUGGCAGGAAAUCCACCGGUUCAGAAAUUCUUCACAUAUCUUGGUGGAUUGGAUGUUUUGGCUGACAUUUUUACCAAGCUGGUUGGAGAUUCACAUCAGAACAUUUCUAAUACUAAGAUGGCAGUAACAGUGACAAUCGCCAUGGAGGCCUGCAUUGCUAAUAACCCUCCUGGGAGUAUAGUUCUAGGGAAGCAUCACAUUGUGCCCAAACUUCUGACUUUGCUGUUUCUGGAGAAUCUGGAUUCAGAAGAGAAAACCCUUGUUCUGAUUACCCUUGGGUGUUGCAUAGAGUCAUGUGAGGAAAGUCUGUGUCUUCUGCUCCAGAACAAUGGCCUUGAACUUAUUGUAGACUCCCUAUCUGAGUCUCAUAGUGAAAUUGUAAGCAUCGUUGUUUCUAUUGUCCAGCACAAGUGUAAGAUAUUUGCUGAUAAAUUGCUCAUUCAACUUCUUGCACAUGUUUUGCAAGAGAUUUCUGCAAUGGAAAAUGAAGGACAAGCUCUUGGCUGCUUGAAGAAAACAAAAAUCACCCCGUUUAAAAGAGAAUAUAAGGUCAACCCAAAAAUCCCUGAAGGAGGUGUAGAAGCAAAGGUGGCCACCAUUUUGACUACAGUAAAGAAGCUGAGAAACCACUGAACUUCAACUUCACGGUCUUACCCAGGAAGGAAGACUGCAUGAAACUGGCCCAUAAAUACUACAAGCUACAGAAAUUAAGUGAUUUAUAAUUCUGAAAAUAGUUUAUGUGUAGAGAUUUUUUAAAAAAGGUAACUUCUAUCUGUUUUAAGCAAGUUCUGUCCUGCCAAUCCCAGGUUGUUUCACCGCAUGAUAUUUAAAUGGGGGACAGUGAUAUUGUUUCUUAAAGGGGUUUGUGGUAGCAUGAGUUCUGGAGACCUUUGUUUCGCUUGUUCAAGAAGCAGGUGGAAAAGGAGGAAACACACAAGUGUUCCUUCCUUUUAAAUGUUUGUUUUGAGUAUUUGCCUUUAGGUUUUCCUCAGACAAACAAUUAAGAAGGGCAGAGGUCACUAAAUGUUUUAAUAGCUCUCUGAUGUUUUGAUUGAAUUUGAUUGUUAAAAAAUGCUCUUAACGAAUGAAUUAAUAUGUUGAAUGCUAAAAAUAUCCCUUUGCCUCAGUCAUUAAGAACCUAACAUACCACCAAGGAGUAUCUUAUUUAGCCUGUUGUUUGGACACCUGAUACACAGAAGAGAAUGUAAAACACUGUUGAUCAAGGUGUACUUUUUUAAGUGAGUUAGAGGAGAUGCCAUUAUUAAAUAA